UCGCCUCUUAGGCGAUCGAGGACACCGAUACCGACGCAAUUCAAAUUGUUCGAUCGAUCGAUCGAACGUAUAGACGACGCACAAUUGUUGUUCUUCUUCACGAAAAUUGUCGUUUCGAACGAAUAAAAUUUGCAAAGAAGAUGAAGCAAAUCGUUUCUCGUCUCAAUCGUUCACUUUUUUUAACGAUAAUCCUCUCCCCUCCACCCUCGAAUUUUCAGCCGGUCGAUCAGAGUGUUUUUCGAAGUUUUUCUUUUUUUUUCUUUUUGAACAGGAAGAUAAUGGAGACACGAGGGUAAGGACGUAAGGUUCUUUCGUUCGAUUAACCGCCAUUUCCAUCUGUUUCAUUUCAGAUACGUGAUCGGUGUCGAGCGAGAAAUUUGUCCGCUGGAUUUUCCACGAGAUUUGGAUAACGAGCGGUUGUGGAAGAGGCAUGUCGUCGCGAGCGUAUCGAGUUACGCUUGUUUCGAAAAACAAAACAAAUACUAUAUAUAUAUAUAUAUAUAUUUCGAAGUUAUAACGAAUCUUCUGUGUCAAAUAUAUGUAUAUAGUUUACAAAAGUUGCACACAGGAUCGUGUCAAUGCUUGUUCAACGUAUAAAAUAAAAAAUUGGACGUUGCUACGUAUAUAAUAUAUUUUACGUUAAACGAGACGAAGAUUCGAACUGGAUUGUGAGAUGGCUCCGCUAGAUGGCUCGCGCGUCUCCAAACAAUGGAGUCUAUGUAUUCGUGUAAAUAAACUCUAGACUUCAGGCCAAUUGUCCUGGGAAAGUACCACGGUGUCGUGCGAAAUUCUCGCCACAUGCUCAGGCUACAGACGUCCCUUAACCGGCGGGGGUUCCCGUGCCCGAGGUGCGCCCGCACCUUUCACACUUCGGGCGGCAUGAGCCGCCACUACAGGCUCGAGUGCGUCGAUCUGCCCCGUUUCAAGUGUCCCCAUUGCGAUAUGCGCAGCAAGUAUACCCAGGCCGUGUACAGGCACAUUAGAGCCAAGCACCGGAACAUGGAGCUAAGGAUACGCGAAGGAACCGUCGAGGCAGUCGUGGUCGAGUCAACCGGAUCAAGUUCAGAGAUACUUUUGCCCGAGGUGUUGCAGCUCGUUCAGCAAGAAGGCGAACAUGCUGACCCAUUUCAGAUACGAGUGCGGGAAGGAGCCGCGGUUCCAAUGCCCGUACUGCGGCAAACGGGACAGAAAAUCGUCCAACACCUACAGGCAUAUCAGAACGUAUCACCAGGGGGCGUUGCCGUUGCCGGCCUACGACGAGCCGAGCGCGAUGGACGGCCACGGCCACCACCACCACCACCACCACCAUCACCACCAGAGGGGGGCGACAGUCGAGUACAGGGGAAGGAGGUCCGCGAUCAAGAACGAAGACGGCUCGUUCUGGAAUUCCGGCAAGAUGUCCUAUCACUGCCCCAUUUGUAACGCGGGAUACACGUACAAGAAAACGUUGAAGACCCAUAUGAAGUACGAUUGCGGCAAGGAGCCGAGGUUCAAGUGUCCUUAUUGCAGCAAAAGGGACAAGUGUUCGUCCAACAUUUACAAGCAUAUCAGGAUGAGACACGACGGGAUGCCUGUGAUCGUGCAUAGGAAUUAGAAAUUUUAUU